AAAAGCAACAGAUUCAUUCACUUGAACUAUUUCUUCAAAGAAGUUCUUCAAAAUCAUAAUUUUUUCUUCUCAAUUGCGUUGCGUUUUGUGAUUGUUAUUGAAUGAAAGAAAAUGGGACGAUCCAUCAAUAAGCUGACUGACAACGAAAAGUUUGUAUUAAAUCAGUUGUUGCAUUUCUUGGACGCUCAUCGUUUUGCCUAUUUCAAAGACUUUGAGAAGAUUUACUCGGAAGAUCGAUUCUUCGUUGUGGAUCGUGAAAAAGCCGCAAAAUUCCUUCGCAAAUACGGUGCCGAUGUUAAUUUCAAGAAUAAAUACCAUAAAACACCUCUUUAUUCAGCUGUAUGUUUCGGCUCUGAGAAAAUCGUACAAAUUCUCAUCGAGAAUGGGGCCAACAUCAACAAAGAGGACAAAGACGGAAAAACGCCUCUGAUUGCUGCUAUUUGUAAAGGCUAUGAAAAAAUCGUGCAAAUAUUGGUUGAAAACGGAGCUAAUGUUAAUCACUCAAAACCAGAAAGCUCAAAGAUUUUCCAAACCAAGCUGACUCCUCUUCAUUAUGCCGUCAAUAAAGGUAAUCAAGAGUGA